UAUUUGUGUUUAUGUUUGGAAAGAGUUUUGAUUAACUCUUGAUUGUUUCAUUUUCUAAGAUAAUUAACCUAUUUUUAAAUUGAUUCCAUGGUUUAAUUAAAUUGGUUACUGUUCGUCUUUUGUUUUUAUGUUAACCUUUACAACAAAUAAAUGAUUGGGUUACCAUUGGUUUGUGUUAAACACUAAGAUUUUUUUUUGUGAAAAAAUAAGAUUUUAUUUAUUUUGGAGUUAACAUAAUGUUAAGAAUUAAUGAUAAUCCUAUGAAUAGUUUCAAUACAACUGAUACCAAAAAUUUUCCUCAUAUUGUACCUUCACCAUCCAUCAUCUCAUCUGGGCCUGGAGCUCCUGGUGUAUCAUGUUCAUCAAGUCAACAAGACAUUAAACCACAUCAAAAUGAGCUUACAUCUCUCUUUGAGUGCCCUGUUUGCUUUGACUACGUUCUUCCACCUAUUCUUCAGUGUCAAAAUGGUCAUCUUUUAUGCUCAGCUUGUCGUAAACAAUUAAGCAAUUGUCCAACUUGCCGUAUUCCAAUCUCAAGUAACAUACGUAAUCUUCAGAUGGAGAAACUUGCUAUGAACCUAAUGUUCCCAUGUAAAUACUCAUCUCAAGGGUGCCUUCUUAAUCUCUCUUGUUCAGAUAAAACUGAUCACGAGGAUUCAUGUGAUUUCAAAUCAUACUCUUGCCCUUGUCCAGGUAGCAAUUGUAAAUGGAAUGGUCCAUUGAAGCAAGUUAUGCACCAUCUGAUGACCCAGCAUAAAAGUAUUACAACUCUACAAGGAGAAGAUAUUGUUUUCCUAGCUACUGAUAUUAAUUUAAGCGGAGCAGUUGACUGGGUUAUGAUUCAAUCAUGUUUUAAUCAUCAUUUUAUGCUGGUUUUAGAGAAACAAGAAAGGUUCCAAGCGUAUCAGCAAUUUUUUGCAGUAGUUCAACUUAUUGGUACACCCAAACAAGCAGAGAAAUUUAUCUAUCGUCUAGAAUUAAAUGGACAGAAAAGAAGAUUAACUUGGGAAGCAACACCUCAUUCCAUAGAUGAAGGUGUCCAAUCUGCUAUUAACCUUUCCGAUUGUCUAGUGUUCGACACAGCGAUUGCAAACCUUUAUGCUGAUGGUGCUAAUCUUGGUAUUAACGUCACCAUUUCUCCGGCAAACUCGUAAAAAAUGAAAGGAGUUAACCUAAGCCUUUUCUUCCCCACAAUUUUAAGCGAUUUAAAGCUUCGACCUAAUAUCAAACAUUUACAAUGAUAAUAUACAAAGAGAUAGAUAGAUGAAGAGAGAGAGAGAGAGAGAAAUAGAGAGGCAAAAAAUAGCCCAUACAAAGAAAAACACACUAUGGAAACUUGUAUAAAAUCUAAUUGUAAAUUUUUCUCAAGUUAAUUAUAGAAUUGAUUGUUAUCCUGAUGUGUGUGUGUUCUUAAAGGUUGUAUAAUUAAAUUCCCUCCUCCCCUGAUCUAAGUCGUAAAAGGUAUAUACAAAUUUUCUGUAACAAUCAAUAUUUUUCUUUGCAGAAUUUACAAGACUUUUACCUCAAUCAUCCCAAAGAAAUUCACCAUUUUUUAGUGAUGCCAAUGGAGAAAUCAACGAAUCACUGUUGAAUCAAAUUGUCAUCUCAUCAUCUUAAUCAUCAAUUUACAUUAAAUUUCCAAACAGUGACAA